UCGAUCUUAACAAAACCACAUCUCAAUUCUCAAUGUCUAAUAUUGUAAAUAAAAUCUUCUCCUUAGACCAAAAAUCCCAAAUCCCAAAUCCCAGCAACCCAGUUUCUCAACAUACUCGCUUUUACAAUCAAGAGAAGGUCGAAGUUACAGAAUUACCCCCGUAUAUUGUCACCCUACAUGAGCAUAAUUGGAAAGUUAAUUUAGUGCAAAACAAACACAACCUAAACCUAACCCAGUCACUCAUUCAUCUGCUUCGUUUAUUUUCUUCCUUCAACUUUCGAUCUUCUCUAAAAUUACAUCUUGGUGGAAUUGGAAGCCUACCCAACAUCACAAUUCACAUACGCAACUAAAAGAUUUCUCCUUUUGGCCACGGGUAUAUCUAUACACCACAUUCCACAGAUACUAAAUAGUCAGUCUGUCUGUUACGAAUUUUAAUUAAAAAAAACUGAAAAAAUUCACAUCUUGUCUUGCCUAGCCAAACCCACCACAACAAAAACAACCAUGGACAAAGGGAUCUCGCCCCUCUUUAAAAGGGAGUUGAAUUAUGGUCAAUAAUUAUGCUCACAUUAUGCAACUGUGCUGAUUUUAGUGCAAAUUAUGGAAGUGCUUCCCUGUUCAGAUGUUCAGUAUGUUGGGGAGUCUGAUGCUAAACAGAGUUCUGGGGCUGAUUUUGUUUUUGACGGAGAAUCUAAUUGCAUUCAAAAUGAAAAUCAAGUACAAAUGGAAGAUGUUAGAAUGGAUGAUUUGUUAAAUGAACAAGGGCCUCUAUUAGAAACACAAGGUGAAGGUCAAGGGACAGGGACAAGGAAUGAGUUUCCAAUUUCACAAGGACAUCAUAGUGGUGGUUUACAAUUUGAUUCUCAGGUCGAGGGCCAAAGAUCUUGCGGUUCCCAUGAUUUCGAUGAUGAUGACUUAAAUGCACAAAAUGAUUGCACAGGACCUUAUCAAGCUUCUGAAAAUUCUAAUUUAAUUGUGGAUACAAUUGAAAGUGAGCUGCCAUGUGACAAUAGAGAGGGAGAAUCAUCUCUAUCUGAGCCCCAGUGGCUAGAACAUGAUGAAUCUGUUGCACUUUGGGUCAAGUGGAGGGGAAAGUGGCAGGCAGGAAUCAGAUGUGCUAGGGCUGACUGGCCUUUGUCAACUUUGAAGGCAAAGCCAACUCAUGACCGGAAGAAGUAUUUUGUGAUAUUUUUCCCCCACACUAGAAAUUACUCUUGGGCAGAUAUGCUGCUUGUCCAAUCAAUCAAUGAAUUUCCUCAGCCUAUUGCCUAUAGGACGCAUAAGGUUGGAUUAAAGAUGGUUAAAGAUUUGACUGUUGCGCGUCGUUAUAUAAUGCAGAAACUUGCAGUUGGCAUGCUGAACAUUGUGGACCAGUUUCAUACAGAGGCUUUGGUGGAGUCUGCUCGUAAUGUGGCUGUAUGGAAGGAAUUUGCUAUGGACGCUUCUCGCUGUGUUGGUUAUUCUGAUCUUGGAAGGAUGCUCCUAAAGCUUCAAAGCAUGAUAUUGCAACACUACAUCAAUUCUCACUGGCUAGGUCAUUCUUUCCCCUCUUGGGUACAACGAUGUCAAAAUGCACAUAGUGCUGAAUCUAUUGAACUGCUGAAAGAUGAACUAUAUGAUUUCAUACUGUGGAAUGAAGUUAACUCUCUCUGGGAUGCACCAGUGCAGCCCACGCUGGGUUCUGAGUGGAAAACUUGGAAGCACGAAGUUAUGAGAUGGUUUUCAACAUCUCAUCCUCUAUCUAAUGGCAGAGACUCGGAGCAGCGGAGCAGCGAUGGUCCCUCAACCACAGGUCUUCAAGCUAGCAGGAAGAGGCCCAAACUGGAAGUUCGUCGUGCUGAGCCACAUUCUUCCUUGACUGAAAACAAUGAUUCAAAUCAGCCUCUGGCUUUUGAAAUUGACUCUGAAUUCUUCAAUAGUCGAGACACUGUGAAUGCUGCUAUGCUUUCGUCUGAGCUUUCUAAAGGGGAAUAUUUUAGUGGGGCAACUUUACAAACAGAUACACCAACCAGUGUUGCUGACAGAUGGGAUGGAAUUGUACUUGGAGCAGGAAGUUCUGAGGUUAUGCCGACCAAAAAUGUUGAGGGGACACCUUUGAAUGGAGAGGCUAAAGAAUCUUUAUGUCCAAGUAACCAAACAAAAUGUAUGGAAUUGACACCUGUUAAUGAGGUAAUCAGUAGAAAAUGUUUAGAUUCUGGCAAUAGGAAUCGGCAGUGUGUUGCUUUUAUUGAAUCCAAGGGAAGACAGUGUGUGAGGUGGGCGAAUGAUGGUGAUGUUUACUGUUGUGUGCAUUUGGCCUCUCGUUUUAUAGGUAGUGCUACAAAAGCAGGAGCAUUCUCUGCUGAUACACCAAUGUGUGAAGGUACAACAGUUCUUGGUACUAAAUGUAAGCACCGGGCUCUAUAUGGCUCUUCAUACUGUAAGAAACACAGACCAAGGAAUGAUGUUGAAAAGACUGCAAAUUCAUCAGAAAAUGUGCUUAAGAGAAAACAUGAGACUGUUCCUGGUUCAGAAACAUCUUGCAGAGAUGUAGUAUUGAUUGGCGAAGCUAUGACUCCCCUCGAAGUGGACCCACUCUCAGUCGUGGAUGGUGAUUCUGUCAUGAGAAAAAACAGCUUAAUUGAAAAGCCUGAGCAUUCUGGUAACGAACUUAAUGCAACAGAAGUGCUGCACUGUAUUGGUUUGUACUCACGCACUGGCAGUAAUCCAUGCCUUGAAAGUCCAAAGCGACACUCAUUAUAUUGUGAUAAACACCUUCCUAGCUGGCUUAAGCGUGCGAGGAAUGGUAAGAGUAGGAUAAUAUCAAAAGAAGUGUUUAUAGAUAUUUUGAAGGAAUGCUGCUCACUUCAGCAAAAAUUGCAAUUGCAUCAAGCAUGUGAACUAUUUUACAAGCUCUUCAAGAGUAUUUUAUCCCUACGAAACCCCGUUCCUAUGGAAAUUCAACUUCAAUGGGCCCUUUCCGAGGCUUCAAAAGAGUUUGGUAUUGGGGAAUUAUUAAUGAAACUGGUUCGCUGUGAAAAGGAGAGACUCAAUAGGAUAUGGGAGUUCAAUGAAGAUGCGCAUGUUUCCUCCUCUGUCAUGGAAAAAUCAGCUCCUUUGCCAUUGUCAGUUGAUGGAAGUUGUGAAGAUGACAAGGCAAUUAAGUGCAAAAUUUGCUCUCAGGUGUUUCAUGAUAAUCAAGAAAUUGGUACCCACUGGAUGGAAAAUCAUAAGAAGGAAUCACAAUGGCUGUUCAGAGGUUAUGCUUGUGCUAUCUGCCUGGAUUCAUUUACUAACAAGAAAGUUCUGGAAUCCCAUGUGCAUGAAAGACACCAUGUUGAAUUUGUUGAUCGGUACAUGCUUCUCCAAUGUAUGCCUUGUGGUAACCAUUUUGGGAAUACAGAAGAGCUUUGGUUGCAUGUAUUAUCAGUUCAUGCUAUUGAUUUUAGAAUGCCAAAAGUUGCUCAGCAGCAUAAUAUGUCUGUGGGUGGGGAUUCUUCAAUGAAGCUUGAGCCGGGUAAUUCAGCUUCUAUAAAUUACUCUGAAAAUUCAGGUGCUGGUCGAAAAUUUAUUUGCAAGUUUUGUGGCUCAAAGUUUGAUCUGCUACCUGAUCUUGGUCGUCACCAUCAGGCUGCUCAUAUGGGACCAAGUGUAAUUGGCUCUCGGUCCCCAAAGAGGGGGAUUCGUUACUAUGCAUAUAAAUUAAAAUCUGGGCGACUUAGUCGACCUAGAUUUAAGAAAGGACUGGGGGCAGUGUCAUUUAGGAUUAGGAACAGAGGUGUUGCAAAUAUGAAGAAGCACAUCCAAGCUUCAAAAUCACUGGUUACAGGGGAAAUAAACGUUCAGCGUCAUGUAAGUGAGGCAGUGAAUCUUGGCAGAUUAGUUGAAUCCCAAUGCUCAUCAGUUUCAAAAACACUGCUUUCUGAGCUCCAGAAAACAAAACCUUGGCCCAAUAACCUUGAUAUCUUAUCCAUUGCCCGCUUAGCUUGCUGCAAGGUGAGCCUCAAAGCCUCACUAGAGGAGAAAUAUGGAGUAUUGCCUGAACGUUUAUAUCUUAAGGCAGCCAAGCUUUGCAGUGAGCAUAACAUUCAGGUGGAGUGGCACCAAGAUGGAUUCGUAUGUCCUAAUGGAUGUAAAAUUUUCAAGGAUCCACUGUUGCUGUCUCCAUUAGUACCUCUUCCAUUUCUGGGACAACAACCUGCAGAUGUGUCAGAACAUAUGAAUGAUGGGUGGGAGGUGGACGAGGGUCAUUAUAUCAUUGAUUCAUAUCAUUUGGGACAAAGGACCUUGCAUAAGGGUACCAUUUUGUGUGAUGAUAUAAGCUUUGGACAGGAAUCUAUUCCAGUUGCUUGUAUUGUAGAUGAAGGUCUAUUGUACUCCCUUUGUGUACCAGCUGGUAGUUCAGAUUGCCAAAAUUCUAGAAGCUCCAUGCCUUGGGAAAGUUUCACCUAUGUUACAAAGCCAUUGCUUGAUCAAUCGCUUGAUCUUGAUGCUGAGAGUUUGCAAUUGGGGUGUGCCUGCUCGCAAUCAAUAUGCUGUCCAGAAACAUGCGAUCAUGUUUACCUCUUUAAUAAUGACUACGAAGACGCAAAAGACAUUUAUGGGAAACCCAUGCAUGGCAGGUUUGCAUAUGAUCAGAGAGGACGGAUUAUUGUUGAGGAGGGUUACCUUGUUUAUGAGUGCAAUCGGAGGUGCAGCUGCAAUAAAAGCUGUCCAAAUAGGGUUUUACAAAAUGGAGUAUGCGUGAAAUUGGAAGUCUUUAAAACUGAGAGCAAGGGUUGGGCGGUUAGGGCAGGAGAAGCAAUUCUGCGAGGUACAUUUGUAUGCGAGUACAUUGGGGAGGUUUUAGAUGAGCGGGAGGCAAACAAGAGGCGAAUCAGGUAUGGCACAGACGGUUGCGGUUAUAUGUUCAAUGUUGAUGCUCAUAUCAAUGAUAUGGGCAGAUUGAUUGAAGAACACGCUCAAUAUGUCAUUGAUGCCACUAAGUACGGAAAUGUUUCAAGAUUCAUCAAUCAUAGCUGCUUGCCGAAUCUUGUGAAUUACCAAGUUCUCGUGGACAGCAUGGAUUGUCAGCAUGCACACAUUGGUCUCUAUGCAAGUCGGGAUAUUGCCAUUGGAGAAGAACUGACAUACAACUAUCACUAUAAACUACUUGGUGGAGAAGGAUAUCCAUGCCAAUGUGGAACUUCAAAGUGCAGGGGACGGCUUUACUAAAUCUGCAACUGACAGCAUCUCUCCAGUUUAUGGAUGGGAAGUCUUGUUGCCGGAAGAGCUGCUUAAUGGCAUUGUGGAGUUGGUCACUUUUCAAGUUGUUCAUCAAGGUUUUUUCUUCUUGGUUUUUCCUCAAGUAGAUUGUAAAUUCUAGUUGUAGAUGCACUUGGAAGAAAUGAGGAUGAAUACUUAAUAUUUAUUUAGCGAAUUCUUUUAAAUAUGCUCCAAGUUCUUAGGUACUCCUGUUACGUGGUUAGCCAAAGAUUUAAGUAGUUCGAUAUGUUUCCAGUAGUGACUGCAUUGCAUUUGUAAAGAAAUGAUAGCCAAAAAUAAAUGUCAGUAUAGAUGAACAGCACAGCACAUUUUACUACAA